UCAUCCGAGCCCACAACUCGGUCUCGAACACUCUUGUUUCUAUCAUACCGUGACUCUGAUGGACGCUCGAGGCGACCGCGAAAUAGACGUUCUCGGGCUCUUUUGUAUUCCGACGCAGACGUGGAUGGAGCUGAUGAACGGCAAGGGCUUAUUGCUGGGGAUGCAUCCAGGUCCUCAGACCAUGUCAUAUUAAAUAUGGAUCCUUUGCCACCGAAAUGGGUUGAUAUUUCGGGACAGGUCGAGGAAAUACUAAAUGGCGCUAGUUUGAAAAUUUCCACCUUGGAGAAACUGCAUACAAAGCACGCCCUGCCGGGAUUUGCGGAUCGGUCUGCAGAAGAGAGGGAAAUUGAACGGCUGACCCAGGAAAUAACAAGAGAUUUCCGCCAGUCCCAAAACCUCAUACAACGGAUCUCGGUUUCCAAUACACAUGCAUUUCCACCCACGAGUGCACCUUCGAAAGACGAAAAACUUGCUGCGAAGAAUGUUCAACGAGGGUUGGCAGCAAAGCUUCAAGAGCUCAGUGGGAGGUUUCGGAAAAAGCAACGUGUCUACAUGGAAAAAUUACAAGGCCAUGCCAUCAAAAACCAGGAUCUUCUCAUUGCAUCUGGCGUCAUUUCGUCCAAGGGGAUAGACAAAAUGAACGAAGUAGAAGACGAUAUGCAGGCAUCCCGUAGUCAACUCUCUGCUCAGGAGCAGCAAACUGCCAGUCCUGAAUUGGAGCAAAGAAAUAGAGAGAUCGCUGAAAUUGCCAAAUCAAUAACUCAACUUGCGGACAUAUUCAAAGAUCUCCAAAAUAUGGUCAUUGACCAAGGGACCAUAUUAGACAGUAUCGAAUAUAACGUGGAGCAAACUUCCAGGCACGUCUCAGAGGCAGUGAAGGAACUGGAUAUUGCUACCAAAUAUCAACGGAAUACCGGUCGCCGGAAAUGCAUAUUCCUCCUAAUACUCAUAAUCUUCGGACUUGUGAUUGUUCUCAUCUUCAAGCCACGACAUCAUUCA